UUUUCCAGUAGUUACGGUAAUACACCGGAAAAGGCCAUUGGGUAAUGUCGUUCUCUGAUAAAUCAACAGCAUAAGGUUUAUUUUGAUGUCAGUAACUGUAACCUCUCGCCGGUAUUCGAGUAAAAUAUGUCAAGAAACAUGUCACCGUGCGGCUCAACUUUGCAAGAACAGCUUUCGUCCAUAAUGGAGGUACUUUCGAAAGCGGCUGUAUCUGAAAUUAGCCAGCUGUUCUCGGACGGAUCAGCUACUCUUCAGUUACAAAUAACUCAGAGCAGCAAAGAAAACCAAGUGCUGAGGAUGAGGAUGAAGGUGAUGAGGAGUGAACUUUUUUCUCUGCGGCUUCAAACAAGAUCGAAUGCAUCGCGUGCGGCGAGUCGUUUUCCCCUGAAUCGAGCCAACCUCUGCAAACCACGGACUAAAUCAAUGGGAAAUUGCCUGAAGCCCCUGAUUGACCACAAGGCUGUUGGACAUUCCCCUUUUUAUUCACCAUCCAAAAGUGAGGCUUCGUCAGUUAUAAGUCCAGCAGAGCAGGAGACCCCUGACAUAAUUUCAAUCAAGAUUGAAGAGGAUAUCAGUAGAUGCAGGCCAGACGAAGACUGUGAUGCCUUUGGAGACCGCAGCACGACAAGCGCAGCCACCUCGGAGAGUCUGCCUGUGGACAUCCCUGGCUCCUCCCAUGUGUCCAGUCAAAACGCAGAGCUGCGGAUCCUGAGUGUCUUUGGACAAGGUGGGGGGAAACUGGUGGUGGAAGGCCAUGACACCCUCUUCACCGCUUCCGAAGUGGAGGCCCUGAACUCGCUGUCUGCGGACUGCAGCGUGGCCCAGAGCCUGGACUGUAGUGAGCGGUUGGAUUGCCGCAAGGAGCUUGCUGUGCAGGAGACCGCAGACACCAUUUUGAUCAAGGAGGAAGAGGAUAUUGGUGGAUGCAUACCCCCUUUAGAAGACUGCAAUGACAUGAGAGAGUGCAGCACACAUCGCAGCGCCACCUCGGAUAGUCUGCCUCCUGACGACCCUGGCUCCUCCCACAUGUCCCGUCACAACGGGGAGCUGCGGAUCCUGAGUGUCCACGGACAUGGGGUGGGCCAACUGAUGGUGGACCGCCAUGACACCCUCUUCAGCGCGUCCGAGGUCGAGGCCCUCAGCUCUCUGUCCGUGGACCACAGUGUGGCCAAGAUCCCGGAUUGCGGCGAGAGGCUCGUCCACUGUGAGGAGCUGACUGGGCAUCGGGGCGGCCGCAAGGGCCGGCCCUGUGUCUUGUGUGGCAAGGUUUUUCCCAACGAUUCCAAGAUGACCAUCCACAUGCGUACCCACAGCAGCGAGAAGCGCCACAGGUGCGACCAAUGCAUGAAGCGCUUCAGACGGAGCUACGACCUGAAGAUCCACAUGAUGAUUCACUCCGGGGAGAUGCCCUACAAGUGUGACCAAUGCAUGAAGGGCUUCAGACGGAGCUGCGACCUGAAGAUCCACAUGUGGAUUCACUCCGGGGAGAGGCCCUACAAUUGUGACCGAUGCAUGAAGGGCUUCAGACGGAGCUACGACCUGAAGAUCCACAUGAGGAUUCACUUCAGGGAGAAGCCCUACAAGUGUGACCAAUGCAUCAAGGGCUUCAGACGGAGCUGCGACCUGAAGAACCACAUGAGGACUCACUCCGGGGAGACGCCCUAAGGUGUGACCAAUGCAUGAUGGGGUUCUGCCGGAGCUCCAGCCUGAAGAUCCACAUGAGGAUUCAAUCCAGGGAGAAGCCCUGCGUUUGCCACCACUGCAACAUCAGCUACAGUCGUGCCAGCAGUUUGCGUCGACACAUGAUCAAGAACAAGGGUAAAGGGGUGCUUUGACAUGGGGCAACAGGAUGCUUCUAUUGAAUUUGACACCUUUAUCCUGUAUGUGAUGAAAUUACUGAUUUAACGUUUUUUAUCACAAUUAGUUUUUUUCAAUUGCUUGAACACAUUUUGCAAAAUUUGGCUCAUUGUGUCAAAACUCAACACACAAGCAAAUAAGACACAACACUGGGAAAUAAACCAUUUACAUCUAUGUCAAAUUGAAACUCGGCUAUCGAAACCUAACAAUUCUUUGUAAAAAUGUCACUCUGAUGACAAAAUGAUACACACUUGCAUCAUAUGAACACACUUUCAGAUCAGCAGGAACACACUGGUCUACUUUAUAUAAAACACUGCAGUCUUUCAUGUUCACUGUUUUUAUUCAGUUCCACAGAGGGCACGUUUUCACCACAACCAAAGGAUCAAAUACUAAAUACUGUACAUUGCAGUACUGUACAUUACAGUGCAGUAAAUACAGUUUGAGCAAAAAUAAAACCAAAAUAAACCCUACUGUUCUGUAAACACAGAAAAACAUGGCAAUUGUGCGUGGGUGGGCUUAUGGAUCCUGCCGUCUGUUGGGGUCUGGCCAUAGGAUCUCAUCAACAUCACAAGCAAUGUUUUCUCCUGCUAAGCAUCGGGGAAAAUAUUGCCUUGUGUGCCGAAUCCAUCCAUGGAUUGACCCUAUGUCGAUGUCUCUGCAGGCCUGUUCCAUUGCCUGCAGAAGAAGCAUGCGAGCAUGAGGUUGGCGGUCAUAUACGCGCCAUCUCCAAGCCGAAAAACAUUCUUCCAUGGGGUUUAGAAAUGGUGUGUAAGGGGGCAAGUAUAGGACUUAAAAUUGAUGAUGGUUGGUGAACCAGUUGCCGACCACAGCAGCCCGAUGGAAACUACAGUAACAUUAUCCCAGACAACAACAAACCUGGGCUGCUCUGGUCUGUCCUGUACAGCUGCAUCGUGAGGUGCAUCCAGAAAAGUUAUAUGUUCGGUAUUGAAGGGACCUAGUUUUGCUUGAUGGUGCAGUAGCCCUUGAAGGCUUAUGGCAGCACACAAUGAGAUAUUUCCCCCGGGCUGCCCCGGGACUUGCACAAUUGCCCUUUGGCCAAUUAUGUUACGACCCCGUCGUCUUGUUUUGCUGAGGUUGAAUCCAUCCUCAUCAAUGUGCAGCUCCAUCCAUCUCCAAGAUGCUCUGUAACAAAACAAAAUACAUGUAAUACAUAUUUUGGAUGGCAUUACUCAAAACACUCAACUUCAGUACUACACAUACAGAACCCCCACCCCAUCAAACAGGUACCUGGUACUCUCUGAAUGUAUCUAUGUGGUACUGAUGCAAUAGCACAUAUUCAGCUGUAACUGGAUGACACCAAUACUGUAUUGUAAAUGUAAAGGACUGUAACACUUAACUGUACAUAUUCACGUCGAAGUCCUUUCACCCUGACACUCUUCCUCUCAAAUGGGACCCUGUACAAUUGCAGCAUGGUAAUUUGGUGCUUUACCAAGAUGCGUCUGAUAGUGGAAAAGCUUUCUUGCUCUAUGUUAUUGAAUCUAUCUGCAGGUAUUUGUUGCUGUAGUUGGUUGAGACGGAUUGUUUGCUCUGACCAGGUCCAUAAUGGCAAGUUCCUGCUGUUGGGUGAACAGGCGUUGGCAUCCGCCCCCAGAAGGUCUUCUAGUCAUUCUAUAGAAAAAAGCAACCACGAAAUGUUACUGUAUUGGUUUUGCUUCUUUUUUACAGUACUGUACUGUACUUUACUGUAUAUAUACCAUAGAAAGUACUGAAACAUCUCAAUGUAGGUAAUCACAGUAUGUCAUAAAACUAACACUUUCGUUCAAAAAGGAGCAUUAGCCACCCUGCAAUACAGUACAUGUGAUAUGGUACAGUACUGAAAAUACUCUAGAUACACUCAGAGUAUAAAGUAGAGAGUGGAAUACAUACCUGUUUUCCAGUCUGAAUGUCCUUAUUAUGAAUGAAACUGUGAAACGGCUUGGAUUAGGGUUGAGACUCUGCCCAGCUUCCCUCAUAGUCAGACCAUGGCUUAUGACAUGGUCCACAAAAGUUGCUUUUAUGUCAUCGGAAAUAAUGUUCUGUGCACGGCCUCAUCCACCACGUCCUCCUCUAUGUCUCUGUCCUCCUCUUCCUCCUCUUCCUCUUAGUUCAAAUGCAAAUUAUUAGCUUUUCAAUUAGAGAGGAUGGGCGGUGUCUCUAGGUCCAAGGAGAAUGUAUAGAAAUUCCUUAAAUUGACUAAUUGAUGCUGCGAUGUGGGAGGGAGGAGUGGGGACAUUAAACUGAAUCAAGCAUCAGACAUAUACAUAUUUAACCAGUGACCAUUUUUAGUUGAUACUUGCUGCAAGUAUUAUAUAAUGCUAUCCAUGCAGACAAACUAUAGAAGGGAAGACAUCAACAUUUUGGUUUAAAAUAGUCAUUUUGACCUGUUUUAGUCUGCUGCCAUGAGAACCUUUGAGAGUGAAUGUUUCUUUGCCCCAUCUCACAUAUUAUACUCUUAGAACAUUAAUGUUUGAUUUAGUGUUUGUUUUAAUUUAUAUCAGGCAGUUGGUAUAAAUGUAAUGGUUGAUCAUAUUAUCAACCAUUCAAAUAUUAAUAUCAGGGAGUCAAUGUCUGAUGCUCUUUGUUUUUAAUAUUUAAAAGUCCAUUUCAUGCAUGGUAACUAAUACACUCGGUAGAAAGAUUGUUUACGCUAGGAUCUUCCAAGAGUAAGGGAAAGGGAACAGUGAAUGAAUUUAUAACACGUGAUUAAAAUAAACGUAUGAUAUGUGAU